AUGGUAUUUUCGUGGGUUGUUGCAGGAGUUUCAAUUGGAACCGGUCUUAUUUUUGCAAGAGCUUCUCUCCGAGCACUUGCUCGUACCCGAGCCGCAUCGCUCAACGCAGCAUCAAUGAACAAAACAGGAUUCACUCUCAAUACAGAUUUCCUCUCUAAACCAAUUUAUGGAAGAAACUUUGCAGAGGGAUCGUUUAAUCCUGAAAUGUCAAAGAAGGAAGCAUUGGAUAUUCUAGGUUUCGGAAAGACUGUAAAACAUGUAACGGAAGAAGACGUGAAGAAACGACACAGAAAAUUGAUGUUGUUGAAUCACCCUGAUAACGGAGGAAGUGCUUAUAUUUCAUCUAAAAUUAAUGAAGCAAAGGAUUACUUGCUCGGAAGAUACGGAAGAGAUUAA